CGGCUGCCAUGUGUCGCUCCCCUAUUUGUUCGGCUGGGCGGCAACUCCCCUAUAUAAAGCGAGGCUCCCCACCGAAUUUUCUCACUUAUUUGUUCGGCCCGGUCUGUGGAAGAGGGCUUCAUUCUGUUGGAUGACCAGUUGCUCUUGGAGAAAUAGUCAUACAUGCAGAAGGCUCAAGUCCACGAGCUGCGCAACCUGAUGCCUGAUGGUUACCAGUUGUCCUACCGGGCCACGUGGAAGAAUAUUAUAUCUCUCCACGCCGGUACGACAAUCGGUAUCCACUACCACUCCAUCAAGGACUUGGGUGAAUUCUCCAUUCACCCCUUCAAAGUCCUUUUCUUCGAAACCUGCGGGAUCAUGCCCGGGCAGUUGGCCCCAAAUGGUCACCGUAUGUUGAGUAGUUUCAUCAACGUUUGUUGCUUUCUUCGCAUCCCUCUUUCCCUUCGCCUUUUUGACCACAUGUUUGACGUCCGGCCCGGGUUCAAGGAAACCCUUGGAUUUGUGAUCGUGUCCUCUCACCAGGGCCGGACAUUCCUUUCCAAUCUUCCUCUUUCCAACAGGGGUUGGAAGGACAAAUAUGUUUCUAUCAAAUUUCCCCCGGGUGCUUUCCCUUUUGCCCAAAAUGCCUGGGGGAAAAGAAUGAAAGUCCAGGUCAAGCCUAGAGAGACUGAUGACCUGGAAGCCACUCUCCGAACCGGGGACACCUCCACCCGUGGUCCUUAUAACGUCGGGAAGUGGGGGGUCUACCCGGGUCUGGAGACUGACCCCGAACCUGAGAUUAUUCUGGGAGAGGCGAUCCCAGACGCAAUCCCUCUCCGCCGCAUGCAAGGGUCCAAAGCCCUGGAAUUCUGCCGGAGACCUCCCCAGUCUUACCAGGAGGCCUACAACACGGCCUGGGAUUAUGCUGACGCCGAAGCGCAGGUUUCUUCCAAAAGGGAAACCGAGCAGGGCCACUCCAAAGGGAGGAUUUCCUUGAAAAAGGAAAUCGAACUACCCGGCAGGGUAAAAGCAGAAGUCAUGGAAGUGAAGCCGGCCAAGGAAGAGAAGAAACCAGCUAGGGAGAAACAGUGGACCGAGAAGUAUUGCUCCUUCCACAAAACGGACUCCCAUAACACUGCUGACUGCAAUAGUGUUAAGGGGGUAAUAAAGCAGAUGAUCGAGGCCGGAGAGCUUGAUCCAGAGUAUCUAGCUCAUGCGAAGCAGAAGAAGAACCAGUGGAUCCGGCCUAAAGGGCAACCGGCCGAACAAAACAAAAAGAAGAAAGCACCCAGUAAGGAGCACUUACACGUGAUUUAUGGCGGACCAGAAGGAGGAGAUUUCGCUUCUCAAAGGAAGAAAUGGGGGCGAGAGCUCUAUAUAGGGAUAGUUGCCCAAGAUCCCCAGAGGAAACAAACCAGACGGGAGCCGAUCACUUUCACAGAUCGAGAUCUUCCCGCCACCGGGGAAGAUCACAAUGACCCCCUGGUCAUAACCAUGGAUAUGGGUGGAGUUGACGUCUCCCGGGUACUGGUUGACACGGGCAGUAGUGUCAACGUUUUGUACUUGGAGGCCUUUCAGAAACUCAAGCUGUGUUGGACACGGCUUGAACACUUAAAGACUCCCCUGUCCGGGUUCACCGGUGGUUCUUGUUGAAGCUGAGGGGUCAAUCCUCUUAACAUGCGAACUGGGCACCGGAGACAAAGUUAUCCAAAAGUAGAUGAGGUUCGUGGUGGUGAACAUCAAAUGUGUUCACAAUGCGAUCUUGGGCCAGCCUGGAAUAAAUAAAGUCCGUGGAA